AAUUGGUGUUUUGUAAAUUUAACUAAAGUGAUAUGUCUCCUAAGGCUUCAUUGCAGUGAUGCGCAGUCAUGGGAUUUUUUUGACAUUACAGCUAGAGAUACAUAUCACGUAAUGCCAUAGCUGUAUACAUUACACACCUGAAAGUGACCCGCGUAUUUUCUGCAGUUUGUCUUACCUUUACAACAAAUGUUGGUAUUCUUAUAAUAAAUCGGUUGCACACGUACAAAAUAGCAAUAUAUUUUAUUAAUAUUAUUUAUAUACCUAGUAUGUAUUAUAUUUCAUUAAAUUUGAAACUGUCUCCUCCCUUUCAAAUUUAUGGGGCCCAAUGAUACCUUCAUAUGUAAAGAAUCUAGGUACGUCAUUGAGAUGGACCUAGUAUUUUCUUAUCGUUAGUACGCAUGGCCAGAAAUCUCACACUGUGUAUCACUACUUCAUCGUGAUAAAACGAUUAAAAUUAUCGUGUAUGUACGUCGUAGUUGAAAGAGGGUAUAAUAUUUUCAGUAGAAAAUCAUCAGAUAUAGAACAACUAAGUCGUUUUGCUUCUGGGGGAUACUGUGAUGAUUCAACAAUAGUAUAUUUACAACAUCCUUGUGUAAUAUUAACUGCUUUAGAAGUUCUUGGUUACAAAGUUGUGGCAUCCUCGAGUACCAGUGUUAAACAAGAUUAUAAUGAAUAUAUGUGGACUAUGAGAAAAGAUUUCUCUGAACCUGAACCCGAACCCGUUCUUAAGGCAGGUCCAGCAUUUUCCAUCAUUAACGCCCUAGCAGAAUUAGGAUAUAAAGUCAUCUGUAGCACAGGAGAGGCUGAAAUACUUUGGACGCUGCAAAGGGAAUUGUAAAAUCAGCAAUUAUUCUCAGGACUAAAAUUAAAAAGGAAAACAAACUCAUUCUUAUAAAUACGUAUUUAAAGUAUGCGUACCCGGCUUUCAUACGCAUAAUGAAUGAAAAAUCAGUACGAACUAAGUAUUAUAUUAUUUAACUAUAUAUAUAUAUAGCCACACACACACACAUAUAUGGAUGAAGUUUCUGUGGAGUAACAUACGAGGGCAUGAAUGAGUGUCUUCAAUUUCGUUACCAAAUCAUGAUGAGUAUAUUUUAACUUCCUUUAGUGAUGUGCAUUUCUUUUAUUGGACGGAUUAACAUAAGCAAAUUUCCAAUAAUGAAUUUUACCAUCUUGAUGUGUAAAAUUCGUAAAAAGUAUUUAAUAGAUUAAAAUUAUAAUCAUACAUUAUUUUAUAUAUUUAAACUAUAUUAAAUAUGCUGGUUUAUUCUUACAAUUUUCAGAAAAAUGAAGGUGUUAUACAAUUUUUCAUUAAUAAUUGUUUUAUUUUCUUUCUACAACACGUUACAACACUAAUAAGACUGUACGGGUACAAUUUUCCAAAUUUUCUACAUAUUUCUUGAUUAAAAAUACUAUGUUACAGUUACUUUGUAUCGUAUUGCAAGAUCGCAUAAAAAGCAAUUAUUAGGUGGCUAACUAUACACAUAGAAUUAUCAGAUGUGAAUUACAAAAUAACUUAUAUUUUUACUAGAUAUAUUUAAUCCAUACAGAAUUAAGAUUAGCAACAUUUUUGGGGAGAAAACAUCACUUCAUUUUUGACUUCUACUCCAGCAUUUUACAUACAAAUCAUGUUUUGGAUGGAAUUAUAUUACUUCAAUUUGACUCUUUGUUAUCAUACAUUUAUAUAGUUUUUAUGAUGAUAUAUAAAAUAUGCGGAAUCAAAACUAUUGUUAAUUUUGUGCGAUAAGAAAGAAGUAUUUGUAUUGCAAUUAGCAUUUAUUGUAUUAAUCAUAAAAAGAAAUGCUUAUUAGCGCAACAUCGUGCUUCAGUAUGAAGUGAGUAGUGCAACGAUUAUUGAAAUAAUCUAAACUUAAUAAUAAUAUUAUGCAAAGGUCGUCUGUGCGUAUAACGGCCUUAUUUUCAUAUAGAAAGUCCGUGUUCAUACAAGUUGUAAAAUUAUACACGUUUAUUUUGUGUAUACAGAACACACUUUUUGCAUAUUAUACUGUGAAUUUAUUAUAAAAUAUACGACUUAUAAUGGUAUAAAAAUA